GCUGCAUGUAGACGUUCUAACCUAGGUUAGACAAGGGUGAAGAGCUGCAGUGCUGAUCUGAGAUCGGUCAGUAAUGAAUAUAUAUCACCUUUGAUUUAACACAAAUCAAUGGGGACGCAUGUAUCAAAGACAGUGCGAAAGUCCAAAAACACGAUCGGUAGGAUUAUAGUUCCUAAUAGCACAAAGGGCAUGGACGAGAUCAUCCAGAAAGCGAUCGCCCACAGCGAGGCCUCAAAGAGAACCUCCGCGCCCUGGAAGGCAGACCAGCCGCACGAACAGCAGUAUUUCCAUUUCAAUCACAGCAAGCAGCAAUGGGGGCCACAAGAGCCGGUCGCAGCGGCGAAACAAGAAUCCUCCAAGACCGGCAGUCCGGGCCUCAGCCGUUUAGCACUUUUCACCUGGAACAUCGACUUCAUGCUGCCGUAUGCGGAAUCGCGCAUGGAAGCCGGCCUAACCACACUGCAGGACCUCGCAUCUCGGCUACCGGGCAGCACGGGGGUCGUGAUAUUCCUGCAGGAAUGCGUGCGCUCUGACUUGGCUACCAUCUCCCAGCAGCCAUGGAUCAGGGAGCGCUUCACGAUCACGGACACUACGGUGAACAAUUGGGCGUCGGGACACUACGGGACCACGAUGCUUGUCGACCGGCGCCUCGCCAUCGCGAAGCUCUUCAGGGUGCACUACGCGAAGACGCGCAUGGGGCGCGAUGCUUUCUUCGUCGAUAUCAUUAUGGGGCAGGCUGGGGAUAAGAGGGUCAGGCUUUGCAACUCGCACCUGGAAUCUCUUGCUUUUGACCCCCCAUACCGCCCGUCACAGGUGCAGCUGAUCUCGCAGUAUCUGAGAGAUGGCGAUGUGCAUGCUGGAAUCGCGGCGGGCGAUUUCAAUGCAAUCCAGGACUUUGAUCGCAACUUGCACAGCGAGAACGGGCUGAAGGAUGCAUACUUGGAGCGCGGCGGGAAGGAGGACAGCGAUGAUGGAUACACUUGGGGCCAGCAAGCUGCAACAAACUUGAGAGAGAGGUUUGAUUGCUCGAGGAUGGAUAAGGUAUACUUUCAUGGCCAGCUCGAGCUUAGGGAUAUGGAGAGAUUUGUCGCAGAUUUGCAACUACAAGAUCCGAAACAAAGAGAGCAUCUGGUUAGCCUGGGCUUCGAGAAACCUUGGAUUACCGAUCAUAUAGGCGUCAAGACCGAGUUCGAAGUUGUCUAAUAAACAGGAUCAGACGCAAUAGAGGUUAAGUUUAAUACAAUGUCAUGAUCGCUUUAAAG